AUGGGAAGAGCUCCUUGUUGUGACAAAGCCAAUGUCAAGAGAGGACCAUGGUCCCCAGAAGAAGAUGCAACACUCAAAGACUAUGUGGAGUCUCAUGGCACUGGUGGAAAUUGGAUUGCAUUGCCCAAAAAAGCUGGCCUUAGACGGUGUGGGAAGAGUUGCCGUCUACGGUGGCUCAAUUAUCUGAGGCCAGACAUCAAACAUGGAGGCUUUACUGAGGAAGAGGACAACAUCAUUUGCAACCUCUAUGGCCAAUGGUCUGCCAUAGCCUCUAAACUUCCUGGCAGAACCGACAACGAUGUGAAAAACUACUGGAACACAAAACUGAAGAAGAAGAUAAUGGCAGGAAAAGUUAGCCUCAAAACAUUGGCUGACAAUGACACUCUUCCUUCAACUUCAACCCCAUUACUAACCAACCAGAGUCUCAGUACUCAAAAUUCACCUUUCAUUGCUUCACCAAAUCAAACUUCCCUGCCCUUGGUGCUGCCAACCUUAGCUGCUAACAAUGACGCAGGCACCAUUAAUAAAAAAAGCAUCAUUAGUUUUGACCAAACAAAUCAUCAUGGAUUGUAUAGUCCACAAGUCAUGCAUGGUGUCUCACAAAUUGGUGCAAGUUCAAGGAUCAACUACAGCACCAAUGAUAAUGAUAACAGUAAUCACAUGGUGUCAUUGUCUCAAGAAGGUUCAAGCAGCAUUUCGGAUUCAUCUUCAAUUGCAAUGAGCUACAACAAAUGUGUUGUGUCACAGCCUCAGCAACAACAACAACAUGCUAGUGAUGAAUCUAUGGACAUGUUGAUGGAAUUUGGCUUUGGAUUUCCCUAUGAUUUGGUCAAUGGUCCUAACUGCCAUUAUGAGAGAGUUGGUGAAAUAUUUGCUCCAGAGUGGGUUGAUUUUAGCUAUGCUGACAUUAAGCCUUAUUGA